AUGCACACCGAAGCCGUUGCUGACAUGGCGGAUACAACGGCCAAAGAGGAUGCGCGCCGCCCGAAUGCCCUCGCAGACAUACACGACGCCUCCAUAGCUGACGGUGAGUUAACACAGUCCGAAGAUGAAACAGCAGAGGAACUGCAUCUGGAACUGGAGAGUGUUCAGUCAGCCAUUGGUGUCAGCAUCGGCGAGCAACAGACACGUCUGAUCUCAUCCAAGACGCCGGCUGCGGAAAAGGCCGCUGCCUUGGAUGAAACACAUGCUGGCCGGCUCUUUGAGGCACCCGACGCGACAGCGAGACACAGCAGCCCGUCUAUACCGCCCGAGACGCACAUCGCCACCACGGGAAAUGCUCCACAACAUGCCGCGACAAGGAGGAGCCGCUCUCACGACAAAAACAAUGCCGACUCCACGCGUGACACAAAGACGCGAGAGCGCCUGCCCUCGCCGUGGCGCGCUGGCCCCAGGACAUUCAGCGAGAAAGUCAGCGACCACCGAGCAGUGCUGAAGCAACAUCUCCAGGGCGGGCGGCGACGCGCCUCCUCAGGCGGCUCCAUGGCAGAAAUGAUGCGCAAGUACAUGCCUAGCCUUCCGUCCUCCAUCUCCAAAUCCUACAAAGACCUACACUUUUCUAUGCCCAGCUUCUCCACACAGUCGCUUGAGCCUGAGCAAGGCCGGCCAGCAUCCAGCGCGGCGCAGCCACGGAGACGCGAUACCUUUGCAAACGGAUCGUCAUUGAGCAGUAUUCCCCAGCAUGAUGGGGGCAGCCGCGAUUCUCUCUCACACCGCAACCGUGGAACCAGCGGUGGCGUGAGCCCCCAGCAACCCAUGACUGCACCUCUCCCGCAGCGCGAGCUGAGCGAUGAUAGCACCACCCCGACCGUGGUCAUCGCCCCAUCUGACGACCCCCGCGUACGCCCGCCUAUGCUCCGUCGAUCGAAUUCUGAAGGCUCGUUGAUGGUAUACCGGACGAGAUCGCUGGCCUCGUCCUUGGGUGACGACAGUCGUUUUGAGAGUGUCAAUGCGCAGGUGAAUAGUCGGAUGAAGGCAAUCAAAGACAGCUGGCACGAUUCAAACUUCAAGUUGCCGAGCCCAUCGUUUCCCAACUUCAACUUUGGGUCUAGAGAAGACUUGUUCAAGGUUCGCAACGGCAGUGUGACUCCAAGAUCAAAACAUUCCGAAGACUGCGCUACACAUCGCUCACGGCUUCUCUCCAGCCUUCCAGCAUCGUCGGCGCCCAGUCGGGCCAACUCAGCUAGAAGGAGGCUGCCUCCCCUGAACGCUGGCGUCCCCGAGGCGGAAACCCAUCCCUUCUUUGCCAAAGCGCUACAGGAAUUGGAAGGGGAUGUCGUCAUCCUCGGUGGCUAUCGAGGUUCAAUACUGCGGUCCGCAGAACCCCCCAAUCGUCAACUAUGGGUUCCCCUCAAAGUCGGCUUGAAUCUGCGAAAAGUGGAUCUGGAAGUGCCCUUGGACCCCGAGGCUGAUGAGCGGAUGGAGAAGACAAUUUAUCCUAGCGGCAUGCUCACCCAUAUUGGACCGGUAGAUAUAUCGAGACGUCUGAUCAAACGCCUAAAGGCAUGCGACAAUGCGAAAAGUAACAAACUCAGGGUCCACAACUAUGGCUACGACUGGCGGCUGUCGCCCCAUUUCCUUAGCCGUCGCAUGAUCAAGUUUCUUGAGUCACUUCCUUGCAAUCAGCCAGGUGUACCUCCCGAGAAGCGCGGUGCUUGGGUGAUAGCACACUCACUAGGUGGUAUGAUUACACGCCAUGCCAUCAACCAGCGGCCAGAUCUGGUAGCCGGUGUUUUGUACGCUGGAGUGCCGCAGCAUUGCAUUAACAUCUUGGGUCCUUUCCAUAAAGGAGACGAUGUCAUGCUGUCUUCUCGUGUGCUCACUGCACAGGUGAAUUUCAGCAUCCGAACUUCCUUCGCGCUUCUUCCUCUUGACGGCAAAUGCUUCUUCAAUAAACAGACCAAGGAGGAAUACCCAGUCGACUUCUUCGACGUCAACACAUGGAAGGAACACCGCCUGUCACCCUGCAUCGCCGCUCCUCUGCCGCGCCCUAAUCAACACAAGGAAAGUUUCAGCGUCAGCGGCCUUAUGAAUGCCAUGUCGCAAGCUCUCCCCAUCAAACCCCGCAAAGGCAGCUUCAGCCUCGCCAAGAGCUUCUCCAUGAACAGCAAUGUCUCGGCAGGCCCGUCUCCCACCAACAGCACACAUUCUGUCGCCGACACCGCCCGCAACGCCAUUGGCAAAGUCAGUGAAUCCUCUGCGGGCAUGGAGCCCCAUUUAUCCCAAGGCCAAACCCAAACAGAAACAUCCACGGAACAAAAUCCCGCAACUCAUGUGACGAUACCCUACGACAAAGCCGUCGAGUAUCUUACGCGCGUACUCUCUGAGACCAAGAGGUUCAAAGAAGAACUCGAACAUAGACCUGAGCAUACGGCAUCGAACGCCUAUCCACCCAUUGCACUCAUCUAUGGCAAGUCCAUACCGACUGUGUAUGGGGCCAAAGUUGAGUCGAAAGAGGUGAUCAAGCGUGCAGACGUCUACGACGAACUUGCGUUUGCAAGCGGCGACGGCGUUGUGCUUGCACGGGCUUCGAUGGUGCCGGAGGGCUAUAGUGUGGUGAGGGGUGGAGUGGUGGCUAGUGAACGUGGCCACAUUACGCUUUUGGGUGAUCUUGAAGCCGUAGGGCGAUGUUUGUGCGGUAUCAUCAAAGCGCGGAAAGCUGGUGUUGGGUUGGGGAAUGUGACGAAGAAGGAGAGUGAAGGAAGCCAGGUUGCACAGGGGCGGCAGCUGGGAUUGGGGCUGGAUGCCGAUCUGAAUGGUGGGAGACGAAUGGACGAAUUGGAGACUGCAUUGGUCGGCCUUGUAUCAUUUGUCCUACCAGUCCGACACACUGGACCACUGACAAAGGCCAAGAUUCCUACUUGUUCGAAGCGUGCAUUGGUUUGGUUGUCCUUUUGA